UUGAAAUGUACUGUUAUCCCGUAAGAGGGUUUGUCAGACAGUUUGUGGUAAGUUUGGAACCAUACGGUAUCGUUUAGAUGCCAAGUCCAAAUGUUAUAUUUUAAUAUGAAUAAUUACUUUUUCGUUAAAUUUUAUUUUGUUAUGCUGGUGACACAUAUUGGCCCGUCAUUUGCCUGUCAGGCGGGUUCAGGACAUUGAAGGCGCUCUGUCUGUAAGACAAAUAAAAGGGUCAAUUUACCCCGAACACUUGGCUGUUGUGUGUGUGUGGUUUUUUUUAAAGAGAAUAUUCGCUCCUUAAUUGAAAGUCGGUGCUGUUGAUGCUAAUAUUUAUACAUAAACAGCUAUUUGGAAUGGCUUUAUGAUCCUUACAUGAAAAGAUGGAACUAUGGGGCUAUGUUAGAUGGGGCCAGCUGCCAGGGGACGCUCGCCUUUGAUUGUGAAGUGAUUUCAUUAGCUUAGCAGCUAGUAGCAGCUAAUAGCAGCUAAUAGCAGCUAGUAGCAGCUAAUGCCACUUUGUUGUAAACCGCUUUUGACUUUAGCAGUCCGUCCUGUUGUUGGCUUUGUGUUAGCUUUGUGUUAGUUUUGUGUUAGCUUUGUGUUAGCUUUGUUAGCUGGCUGGAGCGACAAAUGGAUGAUUCAUUUGAUCACCAAGAUGUUGAUCGGGCAAAAACCUUCUGGGCCAAGGAAAAGGUGGAUCGGGUGUUCAGUGUCUUAUACAAGCACCUGGAUCACCUGAGAGAAGUCCUGAAGACAAACACUGCAACAGACAAAGAACGGGUUCAGGCCUUGAAGCUGUUUGACUGCCUGGACUGGACGCUUCUAUCUCCUUCAAGUGAUACUCCGGUGGUGCAGGUGGUGGUUGGUGCAGAUAAUCUGCAGGAUGGAGCUUCUCAACACAGCCCGACCUACACGCCUCCCCUGUCAGCGGCAUCCCCUGCAGGCUGUGAGGACCUGCUGUGUCCUCUGGCGCCCAAUCAGCUGCAGUACCAGCCGCACGUGUGUUGCAAGGCCUGCCUGCCCACUUUACCCGACAUGCACCAGUCCACACCGCCGUUCUGGGAUCAGAACCCUCUUAAGGUUCCGCUGCUCUGCCAUUUCAAGAGGAUGAUGGCCAUGCCGCUGUUGACGUCAAAAGAGGGCGCGGCCAGCAACCGUUGGCAUACUGACGCCUCAGAUGAGGAGGAAGAUGAAGGCCACUGCGAUGUCAUUUAUAAGGCCCCAUGUGGGCAAAGCCUACGUAACCACGACGAUGUGAUGCACUUCCUGUUUGCCACCGAUAGCUGCCAUAUGCUGCAGCUAGACAACUUCUCCUUCAACAUGGCAGUCCAGUUGGAUCCUCCUGCGGGACAAGAGCCCUGGUUUCCAGAGAUAGACCUGAGCCGCGGCGCUGAGCCAACGCCGGUGGAGCUGUGUGUCGGCCCCGGCGAUACCCGACCAGCUGAAUUCCGCUACAGGAAAGACCGCUGGCCGCACGGCUGUUUCUUGAGCCGUGGCCCCUUGUUUGAUGCCUGCUGUGACUGCACGGAUGGAUGUGUGGACGCACAGCGCUGCGCCUGCAUCGCCAUGACGGGAGCCGGCCACCAUUACACCCAUCAGAGACUGCCCCGGCCUCUGUCGUCAGGGUUGUUUGAGUGCGGGCCGUGGUGCAGCUGUGAUCGCGCUCGUUGUCGGAAUCGAGUUGUGCAGAGGGGAAUCAAAGUGCGUCUUCAAGUCUUCCGGACAGAGCGCUGUGGCUGGGGUGUGCGUUGCCUUGACGACAUGGAUGCGGGGACGUUUGUGUGCAUAUUCGCAGGCGUCAUCCUGCAGAGAGUCCAGAAACCCAAUGAGCCGCCGCCUCCGAAACUGACCAGAGUCGACCUGCCAUCAGAUGACGAGGUGGAGGUGGUCACCGAGUGGCUGGCGCCCCCCGUACUGGAGGGAAGCAACUUGGAAGCACCCGAACCCACCUUGCCCCCGCUGCAUGUGCCAGUCAUUCAGAGACCCCCAGAGGCCAGCGCACGGCAGGACGAAGACAAGGCGAAGAAGGUUUCCAUGAUGACGGUGAACGCUGAUGGCUGUGGCAUCAAGACAGACCGUCACAAGAGUUUGAAGAGAGUGGUGAACCCUGGUGAUGUCUAUUUGCUGGAUGCCAGAAAGGAAGGAAACGUGAGCCGCUUCCUCAACCACAGUUGCCAGCCAAAUCUAUUCAUCCAGAACGUCUUCACUGAUUCACACGACCCCGACUUCCCCAUCACCGCCUUCUUCACCAACAGCGUGGUGAAGGCAGGUACAGAGCUCACCUGGAAUUAUUCUCUUGACACACACGUCUCACCAAAGCAACAACAGGAAGUGGUCUGUGUGUGUGGCAGCGAUGACUGCUUAGGGAGAUUCAUGACGGAGAACCUGUGUGAAAUGUGUCAUUUUGGAAGUCCAGAUGCUUCUGAUUCCACUUGACCCGACCCCGGAGAUUACUAUGUACAUUUUCUAAAUAAAACUAUCCUUUUCA